AUGGGUUAUUUUAUGAACCUGAACCAGAAUGCAUACAUCGAAGCCACAGUCUACAGCUUCACUAGAAAUCAGAUAUUAUUCAUGGACUCUUGUGUGGCAUCCCCUAAUCGUUACGAUUUCUACACUGAAACUUAUGUCAUGAUAAAUCGAGGUUUUGUCAAUUUUAAUAUUCAUGCACUACAGAAAGCUACAGUUGUCAAAGGCUACGACAUUGUGGGAACUAAUUUUUUUUUUGAAAAACGGAAUACAACAUGUGUGAAAACACUGAUAAAAAGUUUUCAAGCAAUACCAAUUCAACUCAACGCAAAUGAAAAUUGCAUCUGGGAAAUAAAGGGAGAAAGCGAUACAAAUCAAACCAUUCGACUAAUUUUUUCUUACAUUGAAUUUAGCCCACUGUCCUCAUGUGACGAAGAAUACAUUGAAAUAUAUGAUGGUCCCUCAACUAAUUCAUCUGUCAUAGGAAAAAUAUGCCGUACUAAAGAAUCAGCAUUUCACUCAUCAGCUUCGGCUUUAACAUUUCGCAUAUCAACAGCUUCCACGAAUUUUACACGAAACUUCCAUGCGCUUUAUUACUAUAUUUCACCAGAUACACCCAGAUGUGGAGGUUACCUUACUGGCCCAGAAGGAACAUUCACCAGCCCGAAUUACCCAAAGAAACAUCAACCCAUGACAUAUUGUGUCUGGCAUAUAGAAACAAAACCAUAUACCCAAAUAAAUUUAAUUUUCAAGGAGAUACUGAUAGAAAUGGAUGAGAACUGCAGAUUUGAUUUUCUCGCCAUUUUUGAUGGUCCAACGUCUGAUUCUCCUUUAAUCAAAAAAGUGUGCGGUAAUUUAAAGCCAACAUUUAAGUCUUCAUCUAACGCUAUGACAAUUGUGAUGUCUACGGACUAUGCUAAUUCUUACCGGGGGUUUUCAGCUCGCUACACAACUACACCAAUAUCACAACCGAACACAUCCCUCAGUUGUUCUUCAGACAGGAUGACAAUUACUCUCAGCGACUUUUACUUGGCUUCUCUCAACUAUAAUGCAAGUUCCCUAUAUCUGAAUGACCAAACUUGCAAGCCUGUUUCUUACAAUCCAGUGGUUUUUUCUUUUCCAAUCAACAGCUGUGGAACAAUUAAAAAGACUGAAGGUCAAAGCAUCACCUACAGCAAUAUUGUAACUGCCUUGCCAGCGGGCGUUAUAAUCACCCACCAAAAGAAAGUUGAAAUUGUUGCAAAAUGUAUAAUGGAAAACAAUUCAACGGUAGAAGUUGUGUAUGUAACAGAAAGUGAACAUUUAGACAACACAACGGCUGUAGGUAGAUACAAUCUCAGCAUGUCGUUCUAUGAAACAGACUCCUUCUCCAAACCCAUAGUUGAAACUCCCUACUUUGUCGACUUGAACCAAAUGCUCUAUGCACAGAUCAGCCUACAUUCCAGUGAUCCAAAUCUGGUAGUAUUUGUGGAUACUUGCACUGCAUCUCCAGAUCUUAAUUCUAAAUCACCAAAAUAUGAUUUAGUUAGAACUGGAUGCACUAAGGACGAUUCUUUUAUGGCCUAUCCCAUCCUUGAGCAUUAUGGAAGAUUUAGGUUCAGAUCCUUCAGAUUUCUAAAACAUUACCCAUCAGUUUAUCUUCACUGUGAAGUUUUAAUUUGCGACAGCAAGAAUUCUAAUUCUCGCUGCACCAAAGGUUGCAUUUCUAGGCAUAAGAGAGAGAUUUCCUCCUACAAAUGGAAAGGCGAUGCAGUGAUUGGACCCCUCAGACUGAAAGGAGAAGAAAGUUCCAUGGAUCGAUCAGCCAUUUCUAGUGAAGUUUAUCCAGAAGAAAGUCUUAAAGCACAGCCCCAAAUCCUAUAUAUCCUUGCAUUCGUUGUGUUGGCCGCAAACACAGUACUCCUGGUUGGUCUAGCAGCCAAGCGGCUCAUCGCUCGAGAAACCGGAUACAGAUACCAGAAACUGAGUCACUAACAAGGAUCUUCAUCUGACUGU